GACAUGAACGGUCCGAUCUUAAUGAGAUAUUCGCCGAGGAUUCGCAGCCUCAAAAGACCCAUCUCGGGCCGAGGCGGCAACGCCGAGCUCCGGACGUCUCGAUCGGCGACUAGGGUUUCUCUGGAAUUAAGACGAUUACAACCCGUGCUUGUAGCAUCAGCAUGCAAAAUAGGGAAAAAAAGGAUCAGGCCAUUGAUCCAUCCAUAAAAAAGAAGAUUUGGUAGAGAGCGCAAGUUUAGCCAACCAGUCUGCACACCGGUUGCCUUCACGAAAAACAUGAGAAGUUCGAAAGUCCACAGAAGACUUUGAUAACCAAAAAAUCUGACAUGUAAGGUUGAGGAGAAUCCAGGGAGGAUCUAUCUUCCGGGCUAAAAUGUCCACGAUAAUCUGGCACGGGUGCUGAUUUGUAAAGAGUGUCUAUUGACUUAGCUUUGCCGUUUUAGUGGUGCAAAGAUAUACCCAGGCAAAGGCAUCAGAUUUGUUCGAUCAGACUCCCAGGUUUUCCUCUUUGCCAAUUCAAAAUGCAAGUCGUACUUUCACAACCGGCUGAAGCCUGCCAAGCUCAUCUGGACAACAAUGUACAGGAAGCAGCAUAAGAAGGACAUUCAUGCUGAAGCUGUAAAGAAGAGACGUCGUACUACAAAGAAGCCUUAUUCAAGGUCAAUUAUUGGUGCUACUUUGGAAGUCAUUCGGAAAAAGCGAUCAGAGAAGCCUGAAGUUCGUGAUGCUGCUAGAGAAGCGGCUCUGAGAGGAAUCAACGGGUUAAGAAAACCAAGAAUGAAAAGAAAGCUAAGAAGGCUGAGCUAAUAGCUAGAUCUCAGAAGAGUACUCAGACAAAAGGCAGCAUGGCGAAGGCUCCAAAAGGCCUUUAGUUCGGUGGCGGUGGUUGGAAGCGAUGAAUCAUAACGUUCUGUUCGUGUAUCCGAUUCUGCUUCAUACCUUUGUGGAGUCUUUAACUGUCUAAAUUGUGUAACCUUCCCUACUUCUAAACAAUUUUCAUGAUGGUAGCGGCAUCUGGGAACUAACUGUUCUUGAAGGGAAAUUUUGGUAGUCUAAUACCAGUUUGCUUUGGUUGCUUUGCUCUCAUACUGUUUGUUACAUUUGAGGUUUUUGUACUAGUUAUGCUAUAACUGGUGCGAUUUCAUUGUAUCCUAAA